GAUAGAAGAGGGAGGAGUGAAGUCUUCAGUCUGAUCUGACGGAGCAGAAGUACAGAAACCAUAUUUACAGGUACAUGUGACAGCGCUACAGCUAUGAGUGGAAUUUUAAGGGGGAAGUGUGAAGAAAUUGACAGAUCCUAUUCCUCUGUGCAGGAAUCAGAUGAUGAAGUUUUUAGCUGUGACAGUGCUGACAGUGUUGAUAGUGUCAAUCCAUCCACCUCUAAUCAUUCACUGGAAAAAAUAAGGAGAUAUCAACAGACUGAAAAGAUGUCUUCAGAGGCAUAAUCUUCAGGAAGAUACUGGCAUUCAUGAGAUCUCAAGGUACAUGUGACAGCGCUGCAGCUAUGAGUGGAAUUUUAAAGAGGAAGUUUGAAGAAGUUGACGGCUCCUCGCCCUGCUCCUCCGUGCGGGAAUCUGAUGAUGAAGUUUCCAGCAGUGAAAGUGCUGACAGUGGGGACAGUGUCAAUCCAUCCACCUCUAAUCAUUUCCCCCCUUCCUCCAUCCUCAAAAGGGAGAAGCGGCUGCGGACGAAGAAUGUGCAUUUCAGCUGUGUCACCGUGUACUACUUCACCAGGAGGCAGGGCUUCACCAGCGUGCCCAGCCAAGGGGGCAGCACGCUGGGCAUGUCCAGCCGCCACAACAGCGUGCGCCAGUACACUCUGGGCGAAUUCGCCCGGGAGCAGGAGCGGAUCCACCGGGAGAUGUUAAGAGAACACCUCAGGGAGGAAAAACUGAACUCUUUAAAACUAAAGAUGACGAAGAACGGCACCGUGGAGUCUGAAGAAGCUAGCACUCUGACCGUGGAUGACAUUUCUGAUGAUGAUAUUGAUUUAGACAACACAGAGGUAGACGAAUACUUCUUCCUACAACCCCUGCCAACAAAAAAACGAAGAGCACUGCUGCGGGCGUCCGGAGUGAAAAAGAUCGAUGUGGAAGAAAAGCACGAGCUGCGAGCCAUCCGCCUGUCGCGAGAGGACUGUGGCUGUGACUGCCGUGUGUUCUGUGACCCAGAAACGUGUACCUGUAGCCUGGCAGGCAUUAAGUGUCAGGUGGAUCGAAUGUCUUUCCCGUGUGGCUGCACUAAAGAAGGAUGUAGUAACACAGCAGGUAGAAUUGAAUUUAAUCCUAUCCGUGUCCGGACUCACUUUUUGCACACAAUCAUGAAACUUGAACUGGAGAAAAACCGAGAGCAGCAGAUCCCCACGCUGAACGGCUGCCAUGGUGAGAUAAGUGCUCACAGUAGUUCCAUGGGCCCUGUCGCUCACUCCGUAGAAUAUUCUAUCACAGACAAUUUUGAGAUUGAAACUGACCCCCAGGCUGCAGUACUGCACUUGCAGUCUGCUGAGGAAUUAGAUUGCCAAGGAGAGGAGGAGGAAGAGGAGGAGGAAGAGGAGGAUGGGAGCAGCUUCUGCAGCGGUGUCACCGAUUCCAGCACACAGAGCUUGGCACCCAGUGAGUCAGAUGAGGAGGAGGAAGAGGAAGAGGAGGAGGAGGAAGAGGAGGAGGAGGAGAAAGGAGACAGUUUCAUGGAAGGUUUGGGUACCCAUGCUGAAGUUGUCCCUCUCCCUUCCGUCCUGUGUUAUUCUGAUGGCACCGCCGUGCACGAAAGCCACGCGAAAAAUGCUUCUUUCUAUGCCAACUCUUCAACUCUGUAUUACCAAAUAGAUAGCCACAUUCCAGGAACUCCUAACCAGAUCUCUGAGAACUAUGCUGAAAGAGAUACUGUCAAAAAUGGUACCCUCUCGCUGGUGCCUUACACCAUGACCCCAGAGCAGUUCGUUGACUACGCCCGACAUGCAGAAGAGGCCUACGGCACCUCCCACUACCCAGCUGCCAACCCCUCUGUCAUCGUUUGCUGCUCGUCCUCGGAAAAUGACAGCGGUGUGGCCUGCAAUAGCUUAUAUCCCGAUCACAGGUCCAAUCACCCUCAAAUGGAAUUUCACUCAUACUUGAAAGGCCCCUCCCAGGAGGGGUUUGUCUCUACAUUGAAUGGCAGCCACAUUUCAGAGCAUUCUGCUGAAAAUCCUUUGAGCCUUGCAGAAAAGAGCAGACUGCACGAGGAGUGCAUCAAAUCACCCGUGGUGGAGACCGUCCCUGUCUAGUCGCCUAAGUUAUUCUAGGACCAAGUCUUCUAUUUAAAGCACUGUAUUUAAUUGGAUUUCCUGGGCUCGUGGUUGUUUAAACUGAGGACCAAGAAAACUUGGACUGUGAUGAAUCUUCCAGACUGUACUUUGUUUUCCCCUUUCUAGCUGUGUGUCUGUGGCAUUGCACAAAUACAGUCUCUGUGAGGAUUUUAAACGAUUUCAGACUGUUUUGAUAGAAAAUGCUAAUUUUAAAAAAGCAUAGUUCACAAUUGCCUACCUGUCAAACUGUGUGAAACCUGCCAAGUUGUGUAGACCAGAGCUCCAAGUUUUGGAUUAUCGGGCCUGUGCAAAAUUGUUAACUAAGACUGGGAGAGAAUAAGAUUUAGAGUCCUACUUUUCGAUAUUAUCUGAAGAUGAUGGUGACUUUUUAAUGUAAACAUAAUUAUUGUAAGAAAAAGAUUUAAUUGUCCCAUGUGUAUUUCAUUUAUGGUAGUUCGAAGUCAUGUUUUGAUGAAAAUGAGCAGCCGCAUGUUCUUUUAAGCUGAAGAUGCAUAGUUAGUACCACCGAGCAUGCCCACAUGGAUUGCAUCUGGAAUCCAUUCACGUUUUUAUGAUCAUAACUGAUCAAAUUUGCAAAUACUUUCUUAAGGGUGAAAUAGGCCUAUUUUUGCUAUUUUGGACAAAUAAAUGAGUCUAUAUGUACAGGUCCUUACACAGUUUUCUCUCAAGUUAAGAGUUAGGACAAUCCUUUGGGGAGGGUCUAGUUCAUUGCCCUCCCUCAAUUGACUCUAGAGAUGGAGGUAGAAGGAAUUGCCUUUCUUUUUUAAACAGCAUCAUCUUGGUUCUUACCUUGGACAGCACUUUUAAACUCUACUCCCCUACAUCAAAAUGCACUUUAGUGCCCCUUCAUUGUAACUUGUGAGGGGUGGGGACUGAGAACUCUUUAAGAUGACAAAUUUUAAAACAAUUUUUUUUAAAUCUGUAACUCUGAUAAGGUUCAUAUACUUAAUAUAGAGGAAUCAUCCAAUGGUACUCUGUGAAGGAAAAAUGACCUGUUUUCCUUCGCCGCUCUGAAGACCUAACUCUGUAAACGCAGAAGAGGCUGAGGAACAUGGAAGAGACAUAUCCUCAGCAACCAGCCUUUUCUACAGCGAGAUCAAUCCAUCUCUACAGAAUGAGUGUAUAAUGAGAUUUCCAUUUAGUGACUAGCUGAUUGAAGGGGGGGGCCUCUACCCAAAUACUCAACUAGGCCUUACUUUUCUGCAGCAUUUUGAUUUAUCUUGCUUGGGACAUUUAACAGAACAGUCCAGAAAGCAUUGAAUACUUUCUAAUUACCUCACGUUCUCUUAUUAAAGGGGACAGUUAGAAAUAAAACAAGCACUCUCCAGCUUUAGAUUAUCUAUACAUGGCUCGUCAGAGGACUUCUAAGAUCCUGUUAUCCUGUAAAUUAAUUUAGGUAACUCAAUAGCGUGUUUUCCCUUCUUUUUUUCAAUACACUAUGACUAUGCUAAAUCUGUUUCAUAUUUUGGACCUAUUGUUAUAUCAUUUCACAGUUUCUGCCUCUUUGAAAUGUGGACAUGCCUUGCUAUUCAGUGACUGCAUUGCUACUUAUUUUUUCUGUCUUUUAGACGUGGAUGUUUAGAAAUAUGGACAUAAAUAGAUCGUAGAUCUCAGUUCCUUAAAAAAUACCAUCUUACUUCAUUGAACUUGGAAAUGUUUGAUCUAAAGUCCUCCAAUGGAAAAGUUUCUACUAAAACUUGACUUGGGGAAAAUGUGUUUACUUGCAGCUCUCCGCUGUGCGGUUGGUUCCUGCCCCUUCUCUACCCACCAAUGGGCCAAAUUUAUAACCAUUAAUAUUAACGUUAAAGGAUCUUUGGGUUUAUCCUUUAUGGAGGUAAAGUAAGGAAGGCAGGGAUAUUCCUUUUGAGUGAUAAGUCCCUUGGUAAUCUGAUUGAGGUUUUGCUUGAUCAGUACCAUAUAGGGUAUGUCUACAAAGUUACAGUUUUUAGUGUUUGAUCUUCAAAUUUCCCCCCUACCAAUACAAUGCAAAGAGCACAGACCCAAAGAGAUACUGACGAAAGGUUAUUGUUCCUUAUUCAAGCACGUAAAAGAAUCAUAUGUGCCAUAUUUGCUGGACCAGUUGCAAGUCCUUGCAGUAUUUACGUGGGAAGCACUCAGCUUAUUCUUGGAACACAGAGUACAGCAGAGUGGGGGAGAGGCGACUCUGGCUGGGGCAGAGUUGAAGGGUAUAGAAUGUCAGUCCACUUCCUGAAAGGAUAGAUAUUCAAUUCCGUUCAGCUUCAUUUUUCCCAAGAAGGCUGAUGCCUACUUGGUUAUGUUUCAUUGGUCUCUGUUUUGUAGCUUCGUUUCCAAAAGGAUGCUUAACCUAGGAACAAGCAAACAGACAAACAAACACCCCAGAGCUUAUUUCCCUAUCUGUCCAAUUGGGGAUAAAAGUCACUGCUACACAGAAGGAUUAACCUUCCAACCAUUCCAAGUUUUUAUGUACAUAACCUAACCCCUCAACAUCUCCCACAAGCUGCCUACACAGAUUACCUAUUAAAACACCCCCAUCUCUCUCUCUCUCUCUCUCUCUCUCACACACACACACACACACACACACACACUGGAGAACAGUAGAUUUUAGGCAAUGGCCAAUGAGUACUGAAUUUUCCCUACCCUAGAAUCUGGUUGGGUUUUAUGAUCUAAAAAUGUGAUUUGGAAAAAGUAUAAUUUUUAAAGCUAUAGUUUGAAAAGAUUGACUCAAAGUUGCAAAUAAUGUUAUUGACGGAAUCAUUUCAUUGUUACUUCCUUUCCCAGAAAAGCUGAGAGAGCACAGUGUUCUAUCUGACUUUUUUCCCCAUUAAUAGCCCUUCUAUUCAACAAAUACUGCCCACAUACCAGGAAAGCUUUUUAAAAUGGGGAUCAAGCUAGACACAGACAGUGGGGAUACUUAAGAUCAUUAUACCAAGCCACGUUAACCAGACCAGCAGCUCUUUCAUUGCUCCCAUAGCAUUAUCUAACCAAAUUACAGCCUUUUUUUGACACACAGCUCUUUAGUCAUUCACUGUCAAGGACAAAGCCUACUGCUUUGGUCCCUGUUGUUUUAGCACCAGCCCUCUACCUUUUAUUGGAGCUUAAUUCCCAGUUAGAAUCCAGGCCAAACUGAUUUGCAAGUCAAGUGACUUGGAGCAGCUUUCAUUUUCUUUGACAUUCUAGGUUUUUUUUUAUGAGAGAAAGAAGUCAGUGAAAGAGAUUCAUUUAAGGUCUCCCCCAUCUCUUGAACAUUGAUUAUUAAGACAUAAGUAAAAUCUGCUUGUCUCAUGUCUUUUGGUUAAUUGAAUAAUAUAGUUACUUUUUGAAAGGCAAUCUUUUCUUUGUGAUAAAACUAUAUUUUUCCUAUUGUGCGAGCCACAUAUAAAAUGUGAAAUUAAUACUUAUUAAAGUGAUAAAAUCUUCACAACCAUAUAUAACUCAGCAAUAGCCACAUCCCCCCUCCCCCACACAUACACACACACAUAUACAACUAUGAGUUACAGACACACAGGCCACAAAUUAAUCCAGAAGCAAAGAGAUUAUAAGCGAUUAUGUUCUUUAAAUUUUUACACUCAGCUGACUUCCGGGCAAAAAUCUGGUUUGGUUACCAUUAAGCAGAAGAACAUAUGAUGUAUCACUGGUUCUUUAAUUAAAGUUCUGAUAUUGUUGUACAGGUUUAUAUAACCCUUUGGUCGUGAUAUUUAGAAUUUAUUAAGUAACAAUUCUUUCUUUCAACAAAUAUUUAUUGAACAUCUACUGUGUUAGAGAUGGUAAAAAAACAGAGGGGAAACCGCUACAAUUUCUAAAGGUUAUGAUGAUAAAGAGUAGCAUGAAAUAAUCAAUCCUUAUAAUCUUUUUAAUUUGUGAUUUUAUAAAGUGAUAGACAGUGGGACAUCAAUUCUUGUCUAGUUAUAUGCAAACUGCAGCUAAAAGGAAACUUCUUAUUUUCUAAAUUAAUGAGACUUCCUGUAUCCUCCUCCUUUCCUCUUAUCUGACAUUUAUGAAUUAAAUCUGGACCCAGUGAGAAUAACUGAAUCGAAUGAAAAAGAGAUUUUUCAGCUAAUUGCUUUUUCAGUGUGAGACCCAUAUAAGUGAUGCUAAAUUUAAACCAGCAAGCUCCUACUAGACAAUUUCAAAGGCGGGUUGACUCAUGCAUAAGGCAGGAAGCAUUUCAGGAAACCUUUGAAACAGCAAUAGGGAACGCAAUCACACUUCUGUUUAUAAACAGCCUAUCAAAAUAGCAAAGCCCUAGUUCCAAGUUUCAAAGGCAUUGCCUUGCAGCCCCUAGAAAACAGAAAGGUCAUUCUGCCCUCUCACCUUCGCUGGGGUUACAAACCAUCAAAUCAGCAGGUGGAAAAUUGACAUCGUCAGAAGUCAAUAGGAGACCGCCUAUUUAGAAGGUGCCACAAAGCCUUCCAUUUCUCCAAAUAUGACUUAAUCUUCCUCUUUCAAAUGGCAUCUGCUCCUUCUCUCUCACAGAGAGUUUAGAGACUCAUUAUUGUAGUCAGUAUAUAAAAUACCAAACUCAAACGGGGAGUACUGGUGUGCUUUCAAAGGCAAGAUUGUACUGUCAUUUGAAACUGGAACUCUCCAUAGAUCCUGACCACAACCAGCGCCAAAAGUUUAAAGCCUUAAUCACUACUCCUGGUUCUAACACAAAUUAUGACUUCUGAUUACAUUAUUCUUUCUGAGAUCCACUAACAUGUUCAAGGGAAAGUUAAAAGCCUAAGCCAAAUGCUCCAGCUUUGCACAAAUAGCACAGCUCAUCAGAUGUGUUAUGUAGCAUUGAAUAAUUUAAUUGAUUAAAUUUAACUGAAUAAUCUGCAUUUUGAAACCUCGCUAGAAUUAUGGAAGUGUCUGGGUGGGGUGAGGAUGGACUAUAAACUUAAUAAAUGAUGGUGUGUCCUUGAAACCAUAAGUUUCAGCAGAGAUGAAAAAUUAAAUGUUACUAUAAUAGAAAAAAGUAGAUUCACAAAUGGCAGCCCAGAUUCUAGAAGGGCAGUCACAGUGUGGGCAUUCAACAGCCCUGCUGGUGCUCAGUCUGCUGCCCACCGUUCGUACCAAUUCCAUCUUCCUAUCCAAAAAUCAUCUGAUGCUUUAAAAAUAAAAACAGCUGGAACAUGCUAAAGAAAGCAUUUUUAAGAUUUAAACACAUUUUAUAUUCAAAUGACAGACUAUUUGUCAGAAGUAGUAUGGAAAUAAAUGGUAAAUAUGGAAAUAAAGGAGCUCUUUAAUAUUUUACUUGCCAAUCUGCAUAUUCAGUGUGACUCUUUAAAACAGUCACUUUUCUAAAUUUUACUUCAACUCUUUUCCUAUCUUUCAACCGAGACCAUGAGAUUCCCCCUUCCUAACCAAUACAGGUCUUUUGUUUUUCUUGUCAGAAAUUCAAACUCAAAAGCUUGAGAUGAGCUGGGUGUUACUGGUGAGCAGUCCUGGGAUUAGUCUAACUGUACUGUCUGGAUAGUAACUGUCAUGUCUUGAGCUUUGUAUCCUGACAGUGGUGACUCAGACAGAAGGAUGGGAAGCAGGAUUAUACAGAUUCAAAGCCUAAACGAGUUCAUUUUCUGCGUGCAGUUUUUGUAAUCUAAUUAACAGGUGGCUUGGAAUUUCAGUAAAUACAGGUGCUUGUUAUAUUCAUAGAAAAUGAGAUAAUUUCAAGGACUUAAAUCACGUUGUUGACUACUUUCACUUGUGAUAAAUAUAUCACUCUACAGGGUAAUUUUUUUUUAAUUUGAUACUUGACAUUUAUAAUUCAAGAAAAGCCAGCUCUAGUGUGUCAUUUUAUUACAUCUCAUAAGUUUCUGGCAGAACUAAAGUUUUCAAAGGAAUAUAAGUUAUAUUUUGGACAAUAUUUGUAUUCAACAUGCUAAUGAUGCCAUUCCUUUCCUUGUGUUACUCAUUACCACGGUGAUAGUCAUGUCAGUUCAAUAACUCAUUUUUGUGAUGUGUGAGGCCAGUUAAAUAUUUUUAAGAUAAUGUAUAUUGAUCAGAAGGAUUCAGGAGAAGACAAAUUUAUAGUAGAAAUUAGCCUUGCCUUUGUUUAAGUUAAUUUAUGUGACCUCAUAGAAUGGUUUCAGUUGUAAUUUUAGAACGGCUUUUUUUGUUAGGUACCCCUCUCUUUUUCUCUUUUGGCUUUCUUCCAAUAUUUUUUACCUGGGUUGGGAGUAUCUUUAAAGUUUAAUGAAUAUUUGAAAGAAAAUUGGAUUGGAAAAUAUCUCUUUAAAAAUUAUUUAGGAGUUUCUAUCACCAGAGAUUUUCAUCAAGACUUAGUGCCACUCUAGGUAAAAUCAGAAACCCCCUUCUCAGAGGUCUAGCUUCCUUAUUUUAAAAGAGAAUAAAAUUUCUAACUUUAUAGCAUGAUUUAUCCAAUUUUGUUUGGCUCCUUUUAUGUUGGCAACUAAGCUAGUCUCCUUAGCCAUAAAUAAAGCCAACCAUCUUUAAAACAAAUUCCAAGAUCUAUAUAUUACUUUGAAAUUUUACUUAAAUAUGAAAGACAAGAAAGAAGUAAAAAAAUUAAACAAAGAAACAAAAAUCCACCCAAAUCUGAAUUUUCCUAUACAGGAAAACUUAAAUAUCUAUUUUUGCCUGAGGUUAGUUUUUUUGUUUGUUUGUUUUUGGUUUUGUUUGUUUGUUUUGUUUGUUUUUUGCUUACUUAGUGUUGAUCCUUGGGUGAUUUAAUAAUACCAAAAUGAUAUCUGAACUUGACAGACUUUAAAUGUUGGCAGUUGGCAAAGUCAUUUCCUUUGUACCAUAAUCAAAUAGGGUCCACUGUCAAAGUUUACUGUCUGAAUCUUGAUUCAUCAGUGCUAGUCAUGCUGAAGGGGUAUCUCAAAAUAGUUUAAUCUUUUCAAAGAUACUCACAAUGGCCAACUGUGUGUGAACAAUGGAAAGUUUGAGGUUCUUCUGUAUUCUUUAAAUUUUAUAGUCCUAA